AUGAGCAUUUUCAAUAAUCUAGUUCGCUACAUCGCCAGUUUUCUAGGAUUACUAAAUCCUAGAUAUGAUGAAGAAAUAGCUCGAAAAGGUAUACGUGAGUGUCAGAAAGGGAUUUGGAGGAUCAAAAGUGCCAUGAAAACAGCUAAAACCAUGGGUGAAAAACAACAUCUUCAGGCUUGUUUAAAUAAUAUUAAGACAGUACGAACUCAGAUAAAAUCUAUGGAAAAGAAAGGGGCUGGGCUUAAAUCACAACCUGAAAGGGCAUGGAAUCGUGUGCACUGGGAUGAAUCAGAGUCGGCGUUCGAGAGUAGAAUUAUAAGCGGAGUGAUCACCAAUUUAAAACAUAAAGAUCCUAAAGCUUUCUUAAUUGAUGCAAAAGCCAUUUUUAAACGUAGGAUACAGACGGUUCUUAAAAAAGAUGCUGCUGUAAAGGUCAAUGUGGUUUUUGCAGGAGAGUUUGAAAUUGUAAAGGGAGAGAGUGUACUUAAUGAAUUCAAGUACUUUACAACAUCAAAUUCUCCAAUCUAUAGAGACACAGACCUUGAUGUUUGGUUUGAUAAUAAGGUGAUUAAGCCUAUCAUGAUUGAGUUGGAAGAUUUUCAGGAACGUCAAAGUGGAUGGGCUUUAAAAAAAAUUAUGAACUUGGGAGUGAACAUUAAUAAAUUCACCCCUCAGCUUGGGUCCUCAUACAUUGACUUACCCCCGCAAAUUAAGAAUAGAAAAGCAUGCGUGAACGUUAAGAACGAUGACCAGGCUUGUUUUGCAUGGGCUGUUAUGUCUGCUCUCUAUCCUAAUGUUCAUAAUACUGAUAGGGUUUCUUCAUACCCCACUUUUCAAAUGUUUUUAAGCUCAAAGGGAUCCAGUUCCCGAUGGCUACUAAGCAGAUUCCUAACUUUGAAAAACAAAAUAAUUUAUCUAUAA